AUGGGAACCAAAUCAUACGACGAAGCCAUCUAUGAUCUCCAAAAGCUUCUCAUUGAGAAAGAUGAGCUGAAGACUGUGGCUGCGGCCAAGUUGGAGCAGAUCACGGCGGAGCUUCAGACAGUCUCGUCGUCGGACAGCAACUCUUUUGAUCCCGUCGAACGAAUUAAGCAAGGCUUCGUCACUUUUAAGAAGGAGAAAUACGAUACGAACCCUGCUUUGUACGGUGAGCUUGCCAAAGGUCAAAGCCCAAAGUACAUGGUGUUUGCUUGUUCGGACUCACGUGUGUGCCCAUCACACGUGCUAAACUUCCAUCCCGGCGAUGCCUUCGUGGUUCGUAACAUUGCUAAUAUGGUUCCUCCUUAUGACAAGGUCAAAUAUGCAGGAGUUGGAGCCGCCAUUGAAUACGCUGUCUUGCAUCUUAAGGUGGAGAACAUUGUGGUGAUAGGGCACAGUGCAUGUGGUGGCAUCAAGGGGCUUAUGACUUUUCCUCUUGACGGAAACAACUCCACUGAUUUUAUAGAGGAUUGGGUCAAAAUCUGUUUACCAGCAAAGACAAAGGUUUUGGCAGAAAAUGGAAAGUCAGCACUUGAAGACCAAUGUGGUCGAUGUGAAAAGGAGGCAGUGAAUGUGUCACUAGCAAACCUAUUGACAUAUCCAUUUGUGAGAGAAGGAGUUGUGAAAGGAACACUUGCUUUGAAGGGAGGCUACUAUGACUUUGUUAAUGGCUCCUUUGAGCUUUGGGGACUCAAAUUUGGCCUCUCUCCUGCUCAUUCCAUUUGA